AGAGGGAGAGUAAAGGGUGGGAGACAAAGAGUAAAGAGAGCACACUGGUGCUUCGAGGGCUUUGAAGAAGGGAUUCUCUCUCGUUGCAUUUGAAAAAGCAUAAUCGACACACAACUGUUAUCGACCCGCAAUUGCGCGUGCGUGGAAAAAGCGCGCAAUCGCCUCAACUAUAUUGAAAUAUAUAAACCCGACGAAGACUUCGUCGACGUAUCCUCAGUCGAUCGAAGUACAUUUCAGAGAGUUCAGUUCCCAAAGUCUCGUGGUACUCUGGUACUUCCGGCGACGGGUGAUUCCGACGCCUGCACGAGAGCGAAGUCCUCUCUUCCGGUUAUCAAAAAAAAAAAACAAACAAACAAACAAACAAAAUCCAAAGAAGCUCAAAGUAUAGAAUAUUUUUUAAAUUAACAAUGCAGGCAGGUCUUUGAAGAAAAACGAGCAAUUCUAGAACACUACUGUGACUGAUAAGCGACUGCGAUAACGACCUCAAUUCCACUAGCCGCACGAGUAUGAGUGUUACCUAUAAACAAUGUGGACCCGAUAAUGAAGAUAAAGACGAGAAUUCUUUCCAGAGACGUUUGUUUAUUGGACUGUAGAGACUGUGGUUGUUGCAGUCUCGAUUGUGGACACGAAGUGUUGAAGCAGAAAUGAUGGAGCCUAAGUGUUAGACCUAAAUGUUGAACCCAAAUGCUGAAUCUAAAUGCUAAACUGAAUGCUGAACCCAAAUAUUGAAUCCUCAAUGCUAAACCCAAAUAUUGAAUUUUUUAUGUUGAAUCCUCGAUGCUAAACUCAAAUUUUUAAUCCUUCAUGUUGAAUCCUUAAUUUCAAACCCAAAUAUUGAGUAUUCCAUGUUUAAUCCUUAAUUUUAAACCCAAAUAUUGAAUCAUCUAUGUUCAAUCCUUAAUGCUGUACCCAAUUAUUUCAUCCUCUAUCUUGAAUCCUUAAUUUUAAACCCAAAUAUUGAAUGCUCCUUGUUGAAUCCUCAACUCAAAAGCCAAAUAUUAAAUCCUUUAUGUUGGAUCCUUAAUUUUAAACCCAAAUAUUUAAUUCUCCUUAUUGAACCUUCAAUGCUAAACCCAAUUUUUUAGUCCUCCAUGUUGAAUCCUUAAUUUCAAACCCAAAUAUUUAGUAUAUCAUGUUGAAUCCUUAAUUUUAAAUUAAAAUAUUGAAUCAUCUAUGUUGAAUCCUCAAUGAUAAACCCCAAUUUUUAAUUCUCCAUAUUGAAUCCUUAAUAUUAAACCCAAAUAUUUAAUUCUCCAUGUUGAAUCCUCAAUGCUACACCCAAAUAUUUGAUCCUCCAUGUUGAAUCCUUAAUUUUGAACUUAAAUAUAGAAUUCUUCAUGUUGAAUCCUCAAUGCCAAACCCAAAUAUUGAAUCCUUCAUACCAAAGCCUAAAUGUUAGACCCAAAUGUUAAACCAAAAUACUAAAUCCAAAGGAUAAACCCGAAUAUUGAAUCCUUUGUUAAAAAGUUAAAUCCUCAAUGCCAAACCCAAAUCCUAAAUCCUGAACCCCACAGUGCUGAACACUAGAUGCAGAUUACAAUAAAUGUUGAACACUACAAAUGUCGAGCACAACUCAAGAAAAAGUUAAAGCAAUAAACUGUCAUUAUUACUAAUUAACACAACUAGAAAGUCCGAUAUGCUCGAGGUUGUGCGAGCAUGCCCGUCAUUCAAAUCACUUAGGUCAGAGGCAAAAACUGAGAAUUAAAUUCACAAUGACGAAUAGUCGACAAAGUGAUGUGGGACAUGCUUCUGGACUCGAGCACUCCCAGGAAGAAGUGCAAUUAACCGAAUUAUUGCCAGUGGAACAGUAUCGAAUACAAGAGUCCUCGGAUUUCACAGAUUCGGGUGCAACGGAUGCACUAAAAGCACUACGAAGUUUCUCUCAAACCAAUCAGCAGACGACUUUCGUUUCGGAUGAAUUUAAUUUCUACGAUCACUACGAUGAAGUGGAUCCAUUGAGUAUUUGUGAGGAGCGAGCACCUGAAUGGAACGAGGAUGAUGAUGAAGAAGAAGAAGAGGAGGAGGAAGACUACAAGUUGAUCCUAAGUGAGGAAUCGACCAAAAGCGAAAUUGUCAGUAAUGAUGAUUUUCAAAAUGAGUUUGGUAAUCAAAGCAAUGGUAAAAUUAGGGGACGGAGAAAAAUUAAGAGGAGCACUACUGUGAAUGAUGAAAAAGGGGAAGAAAUUGUUGAAUUGAGUGACGAUUCCAUGAACGAAGAGACAAUUGAGGAUGAGAUAUACGCUUUUCAAGAUGAGAUGCUUUUUCAGCAGGAUGAGGAUGAAAUGACAGAGGAGGAUCCUUUGAAGAUUCCGGAUAAAUCGGAUGAUUUGAGAGUGAAGAUCUCGGCGAUAAUAAAGGCGAAUAUUCUUUUGGAGCAGGACAAUAAUAAUGUGGAGGAAGAAGGACUGCAGGAUGUGAGGAAAAAAGAGAAAAAAGGAUUUUGCAAGACAAUUAAAAAAGAAGCGAAAAAGUACAUCUGUGUGAUUUGUAAUUCGGAAUUCAAGGGAAGUGGAGGAUUGAGGAACCACUACAAAGUGGCGCAUGCAACUGGACCAGUUUACAAAUGUGAUGAGUGUGGUAAGGAAUUUCCUUUGAAGGAGAGAUUGAAGCUUCAUGUUAGGACCCACACUGGCUUUAAACCGUACAAAUGUUUGGAGUGCGAUAAAAGCUUUGCGAGAGGUGGUCAGUUGGUGCAACAUCGGAGAACGCACAGUCAAGUGAAACCGUACCAUUGCUCCCUGUGCUCGGGGACGUUCACUUGUGCGGCCAACUUGGCGCUGCACAUGAAGAGGCACAACGGGCAGAAGGAUCACAAGUGUGAAAUUUGUGGCAGGGGGUUUGUGCGCAGGGAUGCUUUGAAGAAGCAUAUGGAGUGUCUGCAUCAUGACGUGAAAUCUUUUCUCUGCGUGAUUUGCAACAAGACUCUGAAGGGUCAUCUUCCCCAGCACAUGAGGACACACGCUCAAGACAGACCACAUGGCUGCGCAACUUGUGGGCAGCGAUUCGCCCAGAAAUCCCAACUCACGGUUCAUCAGCGGACGCAUUCUGGGCAGAGGCCAUUCAGGUGUCUUGUCUGCUGGCAGGCAUUCGCUCAUUCAACUGCCUUGAAAUUGCACACGAGACGACACACUGGUGAGAGACCCUUUAAAUGCGAGGAAUGUAAUGCUGGAUUCACGCAGUUGCCACAUUGGAAGAAGCACAUGAAGUGUAUUCAUGGGAGGAAUGAGCCGUACUGCUGCAGGAGGUGUAAGACUUUCUUUCGAAUUAAAAGUGAAUUGGAGUGCCAUCAGAAGGAUUGUAAGAAAUCGGAGAAAAUGAAUUCUGAGGAUGAUGGGCAGGUUGAGGUGUUUAGUGAUCGCAUCAAGUACAGAGUGAUGCCCAUUGAAAAAAUGCGAUUACUGUUGGCAGUGUUGUUGAAGAGAAUUUCAAAGCCGGAGAAAUUGGAUGAACUUGGAUUUGGCAAAAGACUGAUUGAUGAGGUUCUUCAUGAUUCGUUGAUAUCGGCUGGAAAGGUGCCAGUUAAGGGGGACGGCAAUUUAACGGAAUUCGAUUGUCUUAAAAAGAAUGUUGAAAUAUUUCUGGAAUGGACAGUGCCAAAGAGUCAUUGGGCGAAGUUCAAGAAGAUGAAAAAAACUCCUGAAGAAAUCCUUGAAACUCUCACUACUUCUGCAAAUGACUGAAAGCAAGAAAGCAGAUGAGGAGGGAUAGAAAAAAAUAUUGUUGCUAGCGAAAAUUUGUUUUGAAUGCAGUUGAUCUCAUUUUAUUUUUUCUGAGGUCAGUAAUCGUAUAUAAUAAUAUAUAGAAUCGAAUGUUUUCAUUAAUGUGAUGAUGUCUCUUGUGCCAUGCACCAAACAAUAUUUGCCAUAAUCUACCAAUAUAAGUCAUUGUGUAUAGCUUAUAAAAAUUAGAAAGGUGAUAUCAAAUUGCACAUAUAAAUAAAAUAUGUACUAAUUAACACGUGGAGAUUUUAUACUCGAAAAUUUUACUCACAUAAUAUAUAUUCUUCAAUAGAAAAUAGCAUUUACAUCCAAAAAUUUUAUAAACUAUAAAAUACCAUAUUCUAUAGAAUCAGAUAAUUUCAUCUUCAAUGAAAUAUUUCGAUGCAAAAAUUUUUACACUCCUUUUAUACACUAAAUUUAGUAGUUCUAAUAAUAAAUAACGAAUAUCAAAAAGAAACAAUUUUUGCUAUAGUUGAAUAUUAAAAAAAAAGUAUUUUUAAAUGUGCUUAAAAACUUAAGAAGUGAUAGAUUUAUAUAAAGAUAGUCAUUUUUUGAAUAUAUUUGCAACUAUUGAUUAACACGAGGCCAUAAUUUUGAUAUAAGAAUUUUAAAAAUUAAAUUAAUCACAAAAUGCAAAAAUGAUUGAAAAAUCUUUCAAAUAUUGAUAAAUGAGUGAAAAUUCUUCCACGUGUUUACUUUCAGCAUGUGCUUCUUUAUUAUAAUGUUGAGUUAAACUCUUUAAACUCUUUACCAAAGCUCGUUCCAAAAUAUUAUUUCUUCACAUUAUAUUAUAUUCUAUUUAUAAAAAAAUGUAUGAAUACCCUAGGGGCAAUCGACCAUUAAUCGCCGACUAAUAUUAAAAAGUUAUAUUUUGCAAAAAUAAUUUUUAAAAGUAUCAAGAUCAGGUAAAAAAGUUAUUGAAUUUUAUUAACAAUAACAAUUUAUUAAUAAUUUGUUAACAGCUUAUAAACAAUUUA